CGUUUCUCGUCUCGGCGGCCAUUUUGCGACAAGUGUUUAAGCGGGCGCCAUGUCUGAGGGAGAUCCUGACUGCGUCGAAAAUCAUAACAAUCUGUUUCCACACUCCGUCUGCAGUAUCGCACCAAGACAGCUGUCAGCCGAGGGGACGUUAACAAACCUGCGGUAUCAAAGCUGUUGUUUUACAGCGUAAAAAUAGCAGCAUUGACAUGAGAGAGGAUAAUGUCUGUUAACCGUCUCAUUGUUACAGAGACGUGUAUCCGUGAGUGUUUCUUUCAGACUAGCUAAUACAAUCCGUCAUCAUCUCUCACAUCACAACAAGCCACCGGCUCCAUGAGUGACUGAAUGCAUCUCACUCCUGUUGCGGAGAAGCGAAACUCAAUCCGUUUCUAACCAUCAUGGCUUUCGUGAGCCUCUUCUCCUGUCCCCCAAACCCCGUCCUUGACAAAAACAUGACAGACUCUGAGCUGGCAGGGGAUGGAAGGGGAGACAAUGAACUGGAGGAUGGAGAAAUCGAUGAUGAAGGAAUUGGUAUUGAAGAGGAAAAGGAGACCAAGUUGGAGUCUGAAGAUGUUGAAAAAGAAAAAGUACGGGAGAAAGAUGAGAAAUCGCACCGGCACGCUCAUAAGAGACACCGGAAAAUCAAAGAGAAACGAAAGGCGAAGCGACGGCGAAGGGAGAGACAGAAGCACCACCCCCCAGCUAGUGGCAGCAGUUCUGACACUUACGACAGUGAUCACGAGCAUCAGGACCGACACAAGAGCAAGAAGAGCAAGAGUUCGUACCGAGACUACGACGGCCGAUUUGUGCAGCACCUACACGAACCACCUGGAGGACAUGGAAAACCGCUGAGAUCGGCCCAACGCAGAAACAGCGAGAGCGAGGACAAGUAUGAUUAUGAUGAAGAUCAAGAUGAUUUCUGUGAUGAGCUUUCCAAAUACAAACAGGCCAAAGAGGUCACCGCAUCCAGCAAAGCAGGUUCUUCUAAAGAGCACGGCACCAAGUCCAGCAUGAAAGGCCUGCAGUUCAGUGGCCCACGUGGGCGAGGGCAUGGAGGAGCAGGAGGAGGUGGUGGUGUGGGCCGAGGGCGUGGUGCACUAAACAAAAAAAUGAAGAGUAAAAACUGGGGCCGGGGCCGGGGCCGGGGCAGAGGUGGAGAGGCAGGAGAAAGCGGAGGUGGAACAAAAAUGGAAGGGCAGGGCCAAACCUAUUUCCAGAAAAAACGCCCUAUAAUGAGUCAAGAGUUCAUCAAUCAGCACACAGUCGAGCACAACGGGAGAAAUAUCUGCAAAUAUUUCAUAGAGGGGAGAUGCAUUAAAGGAGACCAAUGCAAGUUUGAACAUGACAACGUUAUUCCUGAGAAGAAAAAAGAACUUUGCAAGUUCUACGUCCAGGGAUACUGCACUAAAGGAGAGAACUGCAUCUAUAUGCACAAUGAAUAUCCCUGUAAGUUCUUCCACACUGGAGCAAAGUGCUACCAAGGAGACCACUGCAAAUUCUCUCAUGAUCCUUUAACUGAGCUUACCAAAGAAUUGUUAGACAAGAUUUUAAACACAGAUGAGGAGCAUGCCAACGAGGAAGAGCAGGAGCUGGAGGACCUGAGGAAGCAGGGCAUAGUUCCUUUGCCGAAACCACCUCCUGGUGUAGGGCUUUUACCAACCCCUGGCUCAGGAAGUCCCCAGGAUGGCAGCAAGAAGAUCCCCUCUCUGUUUGAAAUCAAAGUCCAGCCAACUGUGGACCUGGCCCAGAAGAUCGCAUGCCGGCCCAAUUUCUACAACAGCACUUCUCCACCAUCUGGACAGUUUGAGGGUAGUGGAGACUCUCCUCAGGAGGACACGGAGACGGCAAACAUGAUGUCUCCAGGCCACAGUCAUUCGAUAUUGCCACCUCCAUGCUCCCCUGGAUCCAUGGGUGGUCCUGCUCUUCAGUUCCCAGGCUCAGGCUUUCCCCAGAGCCCCUCAACACAAGCUCCAGCUCAUGGCUUUGGCCAGGGUGUUCCUGUUCCACCCACAGGACUGCAGGGGCAGCCACAAGUCUUUCAGCAGAAUACAAAUCCUCAGAUAAACCAGCAGGGGGCACCGUUCAAGUCUUUGUCUGGUGGGCAGCUGAACGCACCCUUUCAGGCUAUGGGUCAGAUGCCUUCAGAGUUUUUCAAAAGCUUGUUCAGUGUCCAGCCUCUUGGUUUAGCAGAUGAAGGUCAGUCACAGUCCGUGCAGGACUCUCAUCAGAUUGGCACUUCUGCUGGCAUGCAGAACAUCUUACCAGCUGUCCAGAAAGCUCUGUUUCUCCACCUGAAUCAAACCCAGCAGGACUCUGACUCUCACGGAACCGAGGGUCAUGACCCUGUACCACUCAGCAGAGACAAAGAUGAAACCACAAAUUGGUAUUCCAGUGACGAUGAGGAUGGCAGCAGCGUCACCGCCAUCUUAAAGACUCUAAAAAAGCAGAAUGAGAUGCUGCAGACACAGCAGAAUCAUCUUCAGAUUGACCCCAGGCUUCACCCUCAUCAGAGGACUCAGGUUGACUCUCGACAGCAUGUUCCAGACACCAGGAAAGAAGCUGAGGCUGUAAGUGAUCCCAGAUUAGUUCUAGAUUCCCUCAAGGCUAAGAAUGUAGAUGUUGUGAACGUCAAGACCGGUCCUCAACAGCACCCACAUAUGAGCUCGUGUGUGGCGCAGAAACCUUCUGCUGGAGAAGAGGAUGAGGAGGGAGAGCGUGAGCUGAGGGAACGAGCUGCACUAAUCCCACUUGAUCCCAGUCCUGGAGCUGUGCUGCGUGACCCUCGCUGCCAGGUCAAACAGUUUAGCCACAUCCGUGUGGACAUUCUUCUCCAGCGGCCCGUCUUUGCUCACAGUGUGGUAUGGGCACCUGAAGAUCUCAUUCCACUGUUAAUUCCCAAGCAGGAACCAUCUAUCAAUCUUCCUCUGCCACCACUCAUCGCAGAUGCUCAGAUGAACCGCAACCUCUCCACCUCUUCAGACCAUUCGUCCUCUCCUCUGCCUCCUCUAGACCCGCGGCUCGCAGCCGCACGUCUCAGAGAAGAUGCGGACUUGCUAGGCGUUCCUCACGGCAGGACUCCGCAGUCUCGACUCAACCCUGAGAAACCGACCGAUCCCCGAACUCAUAAAACUGGAGAGACCAGGAUCAACCGGUCUGCAAGUCUGGACUCGAAGCUUCCUGUCAGAAAAGAAGGAGUUUCAGACCCGAGAUUACAACGAGGUGCAUCUCGUCAGUCGUCCACUCCGGCUAGAUCCGAUUCGGAGAAGCUGCCACCAUACGCCCCACGCUUGGCUUCUUCUGGACUGGAAAGUCCCACCACACUGCUUGGGGGCAUUAGCUUGUACGAUCCACGUAACCACACUUUGCUUUUACCAAAACAGGAGUCGGAGGAACCAGUGAGAACAUCAGGCAUCCUAAAGCAGACGCUGAAAUCUGAGAGUCUUUCACCAGCAGAUGUGCCUUCAGCAGCGAUAAGCGAAAAGCAGAAUGAAGAUUCAAACGACGUGUCAGAAAACCAAACGGCUGGUCCUCAGCCAGACCAGGUUCUGCCUGCAGCGAUGGCAGCUCCUUCAUGUUCCCCCGUUCAGACAGCAGCACCCGCCAUGCACAACCUCCCCAUCCAGCACCUAGCGGGGCUUAUACGACCCGCUUACCCCGAAAACCGCCAGAACAGACCUGCUGGGCAGACCACUGGAGCCCAGGACGAGGAACCCGAUGAUGACAAAGAUGUGGAGAAGAAGGAGCGGCCGUUACGGGACGUAUUUAAAACCUUCGACCCCACGGCCUCCCCGUUCUGUCAGUAAACACUCCUGUGUCUAAUCUAAUUAUACCAGAUUCACUCCACACUGUACAGAUUCAGAUUUAUUUAUGUUUGUUUUGUACACUUCCUGCUACCAGUGACCAUGUCAGUUACCAUCGAGACCCUGACGAGUCCUCACACGGUCCAUCAGAAGGUCCUCAGGAGUAGAUGUGUUCAGAUCCUUAUCAGUUGUACAGUUAUAGUUACAGAGGCAUAGGAAAGAGUCACUGUGUGGUUCCAAAAGAUGUAUAGUGGUAAUAAAUAUAUAGAUUUGUGUGAGAGAGAAACGUGUACAAUCACAAGAUGUUUUCUGAAGUCAUCUGCUCCGUGUGUAAUUAUUAAAGUACGUUUGUGAACUUGGCUUCUGUACUGCAACCGGUUUACGUUCAAUUGUUCCUGAUACUUUGUGCUGAAGAUGCAAAGAAAAGUCCAGAACUCGUCCAGAGAAUCUCUUUUCUCUGUAAAGUGGAGUUGAUGAUCCUUCUAGCACUUUAAUUUCAUUUCACGGUUUUAAUUGUUUUGUGUUUUGUUUCUUUUAUAUCUUUGUACUGAAUGCUUUUGUUUACCUGUUCGAGGAUAUGGAACGAUUGUCUAUGAUAUACUUUUAUAUUGUCUUAAAUAAAUUGGAAAUGCUGUGAACAUCUCCA